AUGCCCGUCCCAAUGCCAUCCGCGACCUCGCAGUCCACCCCAGCGACCCAGUCUUCAGCUGCUGCGCAGGCUCAGAACGACAUACAGAACGCCGCUACACGAGCUCUCGCGAACGCGAACAACGGCGAGAAGACUGAGCAGGAGAAGGAAGCUGAGAAGCGGUACGAGGAGGCCAUGGAGGAGGAGUACGCUAAGCGUGAGGGCGGAGCUUAG